GUAAUCACCUGUUGAUUUUCAGGUAUGCUUUCGCUGAAAGAUCUUGCAGACACCAUAGCUAUGAAAUUGCAGACACAUUUGUUUGUGGGUGCCGAAUUGCAAGGAAGAAAGAAUGGUGGUCUCUAUCAUUGCAAGAUACUAAAGGUUCUUGAGGAGGGUACUGGUAAAACCCAGUAUGAGGUAGCAUGGCUAGAUAAGGAUAAUAAAAUAACGGAAACUUCAGUCGCAAGUAGAGAUGAUCUAACAUGGAAGAAAUUUCCUCUUAGUAGAGGCAUUCUGAAGUCUUUUAUUCGGGAAUCUACAUACCGAAGUGCUCCUUGGGUGCUUCACAACAAUUUGGCACAAAAGCAUGGAAUCUCAACUGACCCGCCACAGGAGUUAAAAGGCAAAAUUUCCAUCCAGGGUGGAUUAGUAGUGUGCAAUAAGAAAAGAAAAGACCUCGAAGAUAGAAAAGGCGCUGUGGAAGAAGAGAAACAAUCUGGAAAACAUAAAAAGAAGAAAGUGGAAGGUGAGGAAGUUGAAGCAACAAACAAGGAAAAGAACAAAGAUGGUCAGCCAAGGGAAGAUCCUAUCAAAUAUCCUAUUGAUGAUCUAUUGGUGCAGCCUGGGGCAGAUGAUCCUGUCUUCACUGACCGACCUUCACCUUCCAGGGACUUCAAUAUUCAGAUUGACUGUGUUGGUGAUCUUUUAAUGGUCUGGGAUUUUUGCUCCUCUUUUGGUAGGAUGUUGCAUUUAUGGCCAUUCUCUCUGGAAGAUUUCGAAAAUGCCAUCUGCCAUAAGGAUAGUAACUUGAUUCUCAUUGUUGAAAUACAUUCUGCUCUUCUUCGCCUGCUUAUUAAAGGCAAUAGGGAAUACCUUUUGGCUGUACAGAAAAGGAACCGAAAGAUGAAGAUAACAUUAGUUAAUUGGACAGAGUAUUUGUGUGAUUUCUUAGAGAUGAUGAACAUCCCUGAUCUAUCCACUCAUGUAGCAACAAUUAAGCGUGGCCACUAUGGUCUCUUAGAUGUUCAACAUAAGUUAGGCAUCCUUCGAGAAUUGGUUAAUCAAGUCCUUCAAGCAGAUCUUGUCAGGGAGAAGUUGGAGGAACAUAUAGAACAGCGUCAUGUGCUUGGAGCCACAUGGAGGGAGGAAGCACUGGAGGAAGGUAGAAAAAGAAGAGAAGAGAAGGAAAGGCUCAAGGACAAUCCUGUUGAUAAUAAAGUAUCAAAUGGAUGUAGCAUAGAGAAUAUCGGAAACAAUCCAGAUGUGUUAGCAAAUGGGAAGCAUCAUAGUGAAAAUGGUGAGAUAGCUAGUAAGAAAAAGGGGGAGGUUGUUUCAGCUCUGCAAAACAAUGUAUCUGAUAAAAGUGAAAGCCACCAUUCAGACAUUGCAUCAAACAAAACGAAACAGAAUGGGGAUGUGGAAGUUGUGGAAGAAAAUUUAAAAAAUUCAUCUAGCAAAAUGGGAGUUAAACACCUGAAGAAUGAGAAGAAGGAAGCAAUAGAAAAGAGAAGCAAAGAGCAAAGGAGGGAAUAUUUUGAACGGGAGAUGGAGAAACGAGUUCUACGCACCAAUACAUUGGGUAAAGACAGAAACUAUAACAGGUAUUGGUGGUUCCGACGUGAUGGGAGAAUCUUUGUUGAGAACUCCGACUCCAAGCUAUGGGGCUACUAUUGUAGCAAGGAAGAGCUUGAUGCUUUGAUGGGUUCACUGAACUGUAAGGGUGAGAGGGAGAAGGCUCUUCAUCAACAGCUGCAGAAAUUGUAUGACAGAAUAUGCUCGGAACUUCAAAAAAGAUCGAAAGAUGCAGCUCAUAAGAUAGCAUUGGAGGAGGCUGUGCUUCGGAGAUCUACUCGUGUACGGGCUCUGCCAAGGGAGAAUCUUGCCAAUGCUUUCCUUAGAUAUGUUAACAAGUGGAAGGAAGAUUAAGUUAGGUAUAUCCUGUAGUACUCUUGAUUUAGGUAGAUCCUAUUCCCUUCCAUUUUAAGUUCGCAUUAACAAGUUUUCCAGUGACUAAAUUGCUGAUUCAUUAUUUUGUUGGUGGGAAUUUGUGAGGCUGAGGCUAGUUUUGUAGUGGCCGGGCAGACCACCAAGAGGAACGGGAAUGGGACAGUUCUUUUUUAUUUUGUAAAUCAUUUACACCCAAGCCUCAAUUUUUGUGAAUGACCUUAUUGAGCAUUUUGGAUAGUCAUGACUUGCGUUGUCUUUUUCCUGCAUCAAA